AUGAGCGACCGCGACGAGCCCAUCACGCUCCGGGUUCACUAUUCGGCGAAGGUAGACCCGGUGUCCACUUGCGUUGAGAAGGAUUGUGCUCGUACUCCGCUCCCUUCGCCGCCACUGCCUCCGGUGGUGCAGCGCAUUCUGGGCAGCGCCAACAUCUGGAUACCUGUUGCUGCCGCAGCUGCCUUCUAUGUGCAAUUUGGCGUACGCGCACCCCGUUCAGUGGGACUCGUUGGGCAUAAAUUGUCGCGAUGGCGCUGGUCAGCAGGUGCUAUGGGCGCUGGCAUCGGAGGUGUCGUUUUUCUGAAACUGGAAGCGCGACGCUUGUUCAACGAGGUGGCGGAUGACCCGUCUCUCCGAACCAUUGCCCGUCAGAGUUUCGUCUAUCAUGAGAUGAAUCGCACUCCGGGAUUUCGGAAGUCGGUAAUAAGAUUCGCGAAAAUGUCCUCAGAACCUUACGAGCCCAUCGGACUGACGGAGCGCAUUGCUUGGUGGUCUCAUCGUGUGUGGUCGCUUCCGACGUCCAGAAUGGUCGCGCGCCAAUAUGACGGCCUGCACAUAUUUCUCCACGGCACAGGCGUAUCUCCGCACGACAUAGACAUCUGCACGACGUUUUUUGCAAACACAUUCGAUUACGAGCGGUGGGAUUAUGUCACGGCGGGCUCUGGUAUUCUCUUUGCUUGCGGUCUCUUUGCGUCAAUCGCAUUGGAGAAUAGGCCACGACUGCGUUGGUGGGUUCGCCUUGGCCGCGGAGCUUCGUUGGUGGUCUACCUCGCGUCGUAUUCCCUUCGCCCAUACCUGCACUGGUCCCACCUACAGAGUCUUCAUAGCAGAGAUCACCUCGUACGCAUGCUGGAGGCGAAAGCCGAGAUGGUGGACUUUGAAGACCCAAUCUUAGCGGCCUUUUUUGGGCACCGUGAUUCCCGAUGA